AUGACAAUAGGACAACAAGUGAAUCGAUACGAAGCUGUUAUCGUUGGAGCUGGUCCAGGUGGAAUAUCAACCAUCAUCUCAUUACUCGAUGCGGGUAUAAGAUCCAUUUGUUGGAUUGAUCGAUCAUUCGGUGGAGGAAGGUUGAAUGAACUGUAUAGGGAAAUCUCAUCAAACACAAAAGUAGGGAUCUACCUCGAUGCAGUACAUUCAUCCUCUACAUGCAGGCAGAUUGCACAAUCAUCACCUAGUCCAAAUGCGCUUGAUGAAUUGGAAAAGAUCGAUAAAGAUGAGACUUGUCAAUUGAGUUUGGCGGGCGACAUGAUCAAGAUGAUCGAGAAGGGCGUAUUGGAGAUGAAAGGAGUCACGAAGAUCAUUGGGGAGGUUCAAGAGGCGAAACUAGAGGGCUCAACAUGGACGAUCAAGACCAAGAACCGUGAAUCUCCUAUGACUACGCAACGACUCUUUCUUUGCACAGGAUCACAUCCAAUAAUCCCGUCAUUCCACGAAAAAUAUAAUCCUGAUCUUAAGGUAUUAGAUUUAGACAGAUGUAUGGUUAAAUCGACUUUACCUUCAUUGUUCCCUUCUGGCAAUGGGAACGGGGAAGGGGAAGGGGAAGGGGAAAACGGUGGGAAGAGGAACGAUGAGAGGAUGAAAUCAGUAGUGGGUGUAAUUGGCAAUUCACAUUCUGGAAUAUUGGUAUGUCGAAACCUAUACGAAAUUACCAAAGAAGGUUUAGCCGAUUUGAGGAUAAUCAAUUUCAGUAGAAGAGGAAUCAAAUAUGCUGAAUAUACAGAAGAUGGUAUUAUUUUUGAUAAUACUGGAUUAAAAGGAUCAACAGCAGAUUGGUCUAAAGAAAAUAUGAAUAAAGAAAAUCGAUUAAUCGAACAAAUUGAUUUACGUCCUCAGAGUGAUAACAGUCAAGAAGAAGGAGAAAAAGAAAAGAAACAGGACGAGGAGCAGCAAAAAAAAAAGGAAGAACAAAAAGUGGAAGAUGAGAUAUAUCAAGAUAAAUUGAAUAAAUGUACACAUCUAAUAUACGCAGUAGGAUAUGAGAAGAAUCAAUAUCCUAAAAUUAUCAUUGAAGGAGAACAGAUAAAUGAUGAGGAUUUACAAUUUGAUCAACAUACAUCAGGAUUUACACAUAACGAUAGAAGAAUCACAGGAUUAUAUGGAUUAGGUAUUGCUCAUCCUGAAAAAACAGAAGAUCCAAAAGGUCAUAUUGAAGAUAACGUUGGUGUAACAAAGUUCCUUAAAUUCGCAGAGAGAGUUCAAGAUACUUGGGUUAAAGUGCAAUAA